AUGAUAUUCAUUCCCUUCCUUCCACCUCCUGACGCGAACAGGAAAGGUCAGCUUAAAGACACUGAGGAAUUUGUUGUUUUGUCUGACACCAUGUAGAACCCAUCCAAUGGCACAGGAUUGCCCAGGGAGCCUGCUGGUCCCCAAGGGUCUUGGAGGAGCCAGUUCCAGAGAGCCCUGGCCUGUUUCACCAAGUCCUUCAGCACAUUGCCUACGGUGACACAUUCUCGUCCCCGGGGCGGGCUGGGUCGCCGGGGGCGGGGCGAGUCCCCAGGCGCCGAGCGCAGCUGCUGGGACACCGGGCGUCAGCCCCGCCUCCGGCUUGCGUCUCGUGGUAGGUGGAGGCGGCCCCGCGGCCUGUGA